AAUUUAACUGCACACCUUGCUGGUAAACAAGAGGCUAAAGCUCUUUCAUCCUAAAAAAAAUCCCCUUAGUCCAUCAUUGCACUUUCUCUCUCUUUCCACUUGUUUUUUUUUAUCACUCUCUGACACUGUUUGUCUUUCAUCAACAGUUUGCACACUUCCCUUAUUCUCUGCUUCUCUCCACCUCUAAGCCCUAUAUGUCUCUCUCCUCCUCUAAGCAGCAGUCAACUAACUCUUUUGUCUCUCCUCUCACCCUCUACCCUUCCUGUUUCUGUCAGAGCAAAUCUCUCUGCUGUUCCAGGUUUGUGGGUUAAAUGCCAUGUGGAUCUAAUUCCACUCUCUUCUAUCUAAAGUUCCAUUCUGCCCUGAGACCUGCUGUUUCUUCCCACUGCUUUGCUCUCUUGUUUCCUUCUGAACUAAACCAGAUCUAAAUGAUUCUGUGGUUGCUUCUCUGCAACAAAGAUCUGAAGAUAAUCAGCUUGUGUGAAAACCCAGGAGACUUCUUGCAUCAUAGACCCCUGUUAAGGACAUUUCUCGUCCAGAAUAAUCUGAAAGUAUUAACAAUGAAAGGCUGUGGCUGCCUCCGCCCAGAGACUGACUCAGAGUAUGAUGAGCCCAGUGACUGUUCUAUAGAGGAAAAUCAGAGGAAGCCAGAAAACAGCCAAGUGGAUGGAGAAGUGGUUCUGGCCACAGCAGCUGUGGGAGUAGCUACUCAAACACAAAGGAACCAACGGGAGCGAGAGGCCAAUAAAAGGAGGGAACUUCAGAGGAAAACAGAUAGCGACAGACAAAGAGAGAGAGACCGGAAUGCAGAGCGAGAAAAAGAAAGGCGGCGGCAAAAAGAGAGACAGAGGAGUGUUGAAAAGCAAAGACAGAGAGUGUCUGACAAACACAAACAAAAGCAGGCAGAGAAACAGAGGCAAAAAAGAAGAAACAAAUAAACUGCAGAAUCUAUCCAUAUGUACAAUCAUAUCAAUAUUUUUUAAAGUAUAGUAUUAUAGUAAACAUAUAAAACUGGUAGUCUUUAUAUGAAAUAUAAAUGAGAGUAAAAGUUAAUGUUUCAAGGGGAAAAGAUUGUUGAUAUUUAUUGAACAGCUUCAGUGGCUGGUGAUAAACUGAGGAACACAAGAGACCAACAGCUAAAGCUGAAUGGGAAAUGAUGUGAACUAGAAGAUGGUGAGAGCUAACUCAUAGAGAGGCCUUACCCCAGCAUCACCUGCAUGAACAGACAGGGGACAGUGAGAUAAAGACUGGGAUUCAGAGAAGAGGUAGCAGGAGGAACAAAUAGAAGAGUUCUACAUUGACACACUUUUCAGCUUUAAUUCUAAAAUUAUUCACCUACACUAAUAUGAUCUUGUAUAUGAUGGCCUAUGUCAUAUCUAUACCGUAGGCACAGUGCCCAAUGUCUCAUAGCCACCUAAAUUACAUACUUGUAUUUUGUAUGGUCUUCUCUAGGUAGGCUGACCUGAAUUCCCAUCAGUGUAGAGCAUGUAGCAAUGUUCCUAGGUACUUCAGAUUGGUACAAGAUUACCAGCAUAGUGUCAAAUGCAUAGCAUUUAGGAAGAAAAACUAAGGGGCCUAUUUAUCAUGCUGUUUAAAAAGUGGGGAGAAACAUUACUGAUGAUAUUGCCCAGAGUAACCAAUCAAAAAUUAGAUUUCAACAGUUAGAAAACAAAAGCAAAGAUCUGAUUGGUUUCUAUGAGCAACAUAACUGGUACUGUUUUUCUCCACCUUUUACACAACAUGGUAAAUAGACCCCUAAGUGUGUAAAGUGCCAAAAAUGCAAUUUUUGGCACUUUGUACAGUGCCUUUUUCUGUUUCUGUAUCAUGGAACUCAGAGACUUGCUUCUAGUCUAUUGUAUAUAUUUGCACCCUAGGAGAUGGAAGAUGCAUGUCAUGUCUUUUGGAAGCCUAGAAAAAACCCUGCUUCAAUGUUAUAUUUUAUAUUCACUGCAAUUUCCGGGUUGUACCUUAGAUUCUGAGUGGGGUUAUGAUCACAUUGUGUAGUUGAAAAGUAAACCUUUGCCAGUUAACCAUAGCAGUUAUUUAUUUUAAUAAUUUUUAUAGAAAAACUUGAUAUCCAGAAAUCUUUAAUUUAUUGGAUGUUCACCUGCCAUGGAGUCAAUUUUAGCAAAUAAUUAAAUUGUUUUAAGUGAUGACCCCUUUCUGUAAUAAUAAAACAAUGCCUUGUACCUGA